AUGCAACGACUACCAGGGCCAUGCUCAGCCCAUAUUUUAUACCGACAACUUACUACUACUGCUCCCAUUCAUGCGACACCCAAAAGGCGCCCUCGGAAAGGUUACCAAGGCGAAGAGAAAGGUCAUGGCCCUGAUAUCACUCGUGUGCAAAUAUCCAAGACAAUGUCCUACCUCCUCCGACACGGUGCCGUCCAGGAAGGAAUGCCUAUGCGUUCAGAUGGGUAUGUGCGAGUUACGGACCUCUUGAAACAUCCAAUGCUUAAAAGUGUCGAUUUUAUGACCCUAGAGCAGGUCGUCAAAGAGGAUGCGAAGGGGAGAUAUCAUCUUAUGCUUGACCCAACGGUGGACAAAGUGACUCCGAGUUCAAUGUCGGUGGAGCAUUGGUGGAUUUGCGCGACGCAGGGCCACUCAAUAUCGACGGUAAAGCUUGACUUGGAGCCUAUACUGUCAGCUGCGAAUAUCCCCAUGGCCAUACAUGGCACGACGGAGAAGGCCUGGAAAACAAUAGCCGUCCAUGGUAUCUCACGCAUGACGCGCACCCACAUCCACCUCGCCCAAGGUUUCGAUACGGACGGCGUUGUCAGCGGCAUAAGGGAUUCUUCAAGAAUACUCAUCUACAUUGACGUUGCGAAGGCUAUGGAAGCGGGAAUCAAAUUUUAUCUUUCGAAGAAUGGCGUGGUGCUGACUCCGGGGAAUGAGAGUGGCUAUCUUGAACCACGGUUUUUUUAUAAAGUCGAGCGGGUGGGAAGGAAGUUUGUUCAGCUACCGUUGGAUUCAUCGGGUCCCUAG